AUGAGUCUGAAGACAGGCAUUGUGGGCCUUCCUAAUGUUGGAAAGAGCACUCUUUUCAAUGCGAUCUGUGAGAAUGGAAAGGCACAGGCAGCCAACUUUCCAUUCUGCACAAUUGAGCCGAAUGUGGGGAUAGUCGCAGUCCCCGAUUCCCGUCUUGAAACCCUCAGCAACAUAUCAAAGUCCAAGGCCAUAGUGCCGACCUCUGUGGAAUUUGUAGACAUAGCCGGGCUGGUCAAGGGUGCCAGCAAGGGGGAGGGCUUGGGCAAUCAGUUUCUGGCCAAUAUUCGGGAAUGCGAUGCGCUAGCACAGGUGGUCAGAUGCUUUGAGGACGAGAAUGUGAUCCAUGUGGCGGGCAAGGUCGACCCUGUGGAGGACACAGAUGUCAUCAACUUUGAGCUGGCGCUUGCUGACAUCACACAGAUCGAGAAGAGGCUGCAGCGGCUAGAGAAGGGUCGCGCAAAGACCAAAGAGGAAAUUGCCUCCAACGAGGUGGAAAAGGCGGCGUUGUCGCGCAUUGUGGAGGCACUGGACCAAAACAUUCCAGCGCGAGCAGUGCAGCUGACGGCUGAUGAGAGCGUUCUUGUGCGCGGGCUGCAGCUGCUGACCAUGAAGCCCAUGAUAUAUGCAGCCAACGUCAAUGAGAGUGACCUGGCGGACCAGGGGUCCAGCAAUACUUUUGUGCAGGCUCUCCGGAAGAAAGCAGCCCAGGAGAACUGUGAUGUCAUCAUUGUUUCCGCACAGGUUGAGGCAGAGUUGAGGGAGUUGGAUCCUGUGGAGGCAGCAGAAUACCUGGAGUCCUUGGGAGCCUCAGAGGGCGGCCUGGCCAGCCUUAUCAGAACUGCUUACCGGCAGCUGGGUCUCCUCACAUACUUCACUACAGGUGUUCAGGAGACGAGAGCAUGGACAAUUCGAAAGGGGAUGACUGCACCAGAGGCGGCAGGAGUCAUCCACUCAGACUUUGAAAGAGGGUUCAUCAAGGCAGAAACCGUGGGCUAUGAUGACCUUGUGUCGGCUGGCAGCCUCGGCCAAGCCAAGGAAAAUGGAAGGCUGAGAUUAGAAGGCAAGGAGUAUCUGGUAAACGAAGGCGAUGUCAUGAAUUUCAAGUUCAACGUUUAAUUUCUCAGUUUAAGCUAGGACGAAGUCUGGUUGCAGGACCUGUCAGCAGUCUAUCUAGAUCUAAAUUUGAUAGGCGAUCACAACUUUUCAAGUGGGGGAAUCGCUCGACAUCAACCACUACAUUUAUUUCUCAAUACUUGCAGCACUGUUGUUUCGCUAGCAAUUCCAUGUCUACCGAACCAUGCACCCAACUGCCAGCAUAGCACUUCUUGGAAGGAUUAGUUUAGGAACGUCUUUGGAGUCACAUUGACACUUAAGCAGUUAAACUCUCUGCAAGG